AUGAUUUGGAUAUUUUAUAUAUUAAGGUUAGUCUAAUCAACAUGUUCAUACACCGAUUUUGAUUAAUUCUAAUUGAGAAGUGACAACUUUUAUCAAGAAAAGAGUUAUGUAAGAGGAAAUGAAUAUGCAUUUGGUGUAUGGACUCAAUAUGCUCCUCAAAGAAAAAAUUACUAUUUAGAUAAAUCAAAUCCAAAUUUUGAUUCAAGCCUUAUUGUUGAUGGAUUUCAUAUCCUAAAUUUACAAAUUGAUGGAAAAAUACAAACUUUAUUCUUUUAAUUUCCAAUUUAUUAUACACAGUAACCAGUGCUAGCCAUAAUGUUCAAUACAAUGCAUGGGGUCGCCUAUUAUGAGAUUUAAUAUGGUGACUUUAUUUAUGAGGGAUGUUGGAUUUUUACAUAUUUUAGUUUUAAUUCCAAUAAAAAAUACAAUUAUGCUUAAUUUAAUACAGCGAAUAGUGCUUAUUAUAAUUUUUUAUAAACUAAUUUUGGAUUGAAAACAUUAAAUACUAAUUCUAAAUUACAACAUGGAGGUUAGGGAUAUUACGUUAUAGGACCUUAUGGAUUCCAUCUCAAAUUAUUUUUGGGGAAUUUCGAUAAUUAUUACAUUUGA